UCGCUCUUGGGCAGAGGACGGCUAGGAGUGGCUGGAGCGCUUGCGCACGCGCGCCAGAGGGAGAGCGGGGCGGGCAAGAUGGCGGCUGCCGGCAGCGGCCCGGUGGAGGUGGCGCUGGUGUCGGCGGCGGAGGCGGCUGCCUCGUCAGGCGGAGGCGGCUGCUGCUCGGUGUGGGACGUGGGCUCCGGGGCGUCGGUGGCCGGGUACCGCGGGGGCAGCUGCGCCGCUCGCGGGCUGGCCCUGCUGGGCGGGGAGCACCUCCUCGGGGCGCAGCUGGGCAAGGCCUGCGUGGGCGCCUGGGAGCUCCAGAGGAAGGAUCAGCUCCAGCAGAAGAUAAUAUGCCCGGGCUUGGUGACUUGUCUGGCAGCUUCUCCCAAUGGCCUCUACAUCUUGGCAGGUAUUGCCGAAAGCAUCUACCUCUGGGAGGUGUCUAGCGGGAACCUGCUCGCCAUCCUGAACCGACACUACCAGGACCUCUCUUGCCUGGCCUUUACAGACGACAGCAGCCAUUUCCUCUCCGGAGCCAAAGACAGCCUCGUCAUAGUGUGGAGCCUUUACAGCAUAUUGCAGGUCGAGCACACCCAGAGCCCAGAGCCCUGGCAUGUGUGGUCACGACACAGCCUUCCCAUCACGGACCUCUGCUGUGGGGUCGGCGGCCCCAUGGCACGGGCUGCCACAGCCUCCCUGGAUCAGACAGCAAAGCUUUGGGAAAUCUCUUCAGGCAACCUCCUCCUCUCCGUCGUCUUUGAUGUGGGCAUCAUGUCGGUGACCCUUGACCUCACGGAGUACCACAUGUUCUGCGGCGGCAUGGAUGGCUCCCUUUUCCAAGUCGACCUCUGUGCCUGGCCUGUGCAGAGGGAGAGGGGCUUCCAGACAGAGCGGGAGGACGGGAAGCUCUUCAAAGGGCACCGGAACCAGGUGACCUGCCUGUCUGUCUCUACCGAUGGAAGCCUGUUGCUGUCUGGCUCGCACGACGAAACAGUCCGGCUGUGGGACAUUCAGAGCAAGCAGUGCGUGCGCACGGUGAAUUACAAAGGUCCGGUCACCAACGCGUUCAUCACCCUGGCCCCGGCCAACAUGCUUAACCCAGACAGCAAGCCAAGGGUCCCGCUGCCCAAAUUCAGCCGCCACCUCUACGCCGCCGAGAGCGCCGGGAGCCCCGCCAGCGAAGGGCUGACGCUCUGCCUUGGGCUGCAUCAGAAGGGAUCUGGGGAGAGUUACCUCGAGAAAGCAGAGCGGUUGUACUCACAGAUGUAUUCAACGAGAGAAAAGAACCUGAUGGGCGACCAGGAGCAACUGAAAAUCCAGUUGACGGAGCUGGAGGAGGAAGUGAGCACCUUGCGGAAGAUCAACAAGAGCCUUUUCGAUUUCUCAAGCCGCAUCAUCAUCAAGCCAAGCAAAUAGGGAGCCUUUUUAGUGCCCUAGUUUGAACCGGGGGGGGGGUACCUCACCUUGGACAAGAAGGUGGCCCCCUGCAGACACUGCCCUUAUAUUGAGUCCCCUUCCCUAGUCAGAGGGGUAUAUGUGUGUCUUUGCAGAAACCCCAUUUGUACCAUUGCACGGCUGCAGGACUAGACUCUGAGACCUUCACGAAGCCAGACACAUUUGGAGGGGGGAGACAGCAGGUCAGCUCUAUGGGUCAGAAGCCAACUGUACAUCGGAAGGAGCUGGGGAGAUGACCCCCUCUUGUUUCGCAGCCCUCUUGGUGUUCUUCCUCAGACAGAUCAACUGGCGUUUUUCUCGACGGACGAUCCUCACCUUUUGCCCCAAAGGAGAAGCCUGCCCCAUGCGGCCGGUGAUCUGGUUGCUGCGUCUCUCUGUCCUUUGGGACUCAUAGCUGCUCCUUUGGGCAAGGGGCACCUUUGGGGCACUAUCUGACACUUCCCCAGCCUGCAGAUCUUCCUUUCGUAGCCGUUGGCCUGGGACAAGAGUGGUUAGAACCAGCAGCCUGACCUGUUAACUUUUUGCUGAGCUGCAGGCUCAGCAAAGGGGCCUUAUUCUGUACUGCGCUUUUUUAACCUUUCCCUUUUGAGUGGGGAGGCCCGGGGUGGGGGAGGUUUGUUUUAAAGUUCUACAGAAUGAGGUGGUAGAAUCUGGAACUGUGACCUCUUUGGGUGCGGUGGGAGAAUUCGUAUUUCUCAUUAUAGUAAGCUAGCCUGUCGGAGGGUGCCUAAUUAAGCAUUUCCCCCGAUGUGCUUGUCUUUUACAUGUUUAAUGUGUGGGGAAAGCAUUGACAGGUUCACCCCCACCGCAUGCAAUGUGAAGCCCUGAAGUCCACAUUUCCACAAUGCGCCAGAUGGGAUCAUUCGCCUGCUCUUUGGGAUGUCUGGUCGCGUGAUGUGGUGUUGCAUACCCCGCCACCAGAAUCACGGUGCUCUUGUAGCACGGUGGAUUUGCUUUGUCCUUUGUGUUCUCCUUGUCUGUCUUGAUUUCACAUUCUUUAAAAGAAGUACCUCCUCUGAUUUUGCCUCAGAGCAAAUCCCCCUUUUUAGUGUGUGUGUUUUUAGAGAGAAAAGAACAAAGACGGUUUACUGAAA